AAUCGACAUGAUGACCUGUCAGCGGUGGCCGUGGCCUCGGUGGACCGCCUACUGGACGCCACCGCCAUCUUGGCCGCGCCGUCUGCUGUGCGAAAACCGAUACAUCUGCACUUGCAGCAAAUCUGGAUGGCGGAUUUUUGCUGGCAUUAUGCUGACCUAUUUUCUUGUCAUGGAUGUUUUAUUGUUUACUAGUUUCAAAAGUACCAAUCUUGUGACUGACUCCAAAGGUGGAAAGCUAGAAGAGAUCUACACACCGAUAACGCAUCUGUCCAUCAAAGCACUGCUGAACGACCAUCCAAGCCAGUUCAUAAUUGCCCCAAGUACCGAAUACUUUAACUUCAUCACGAAGUUUAGCUCAGUGUUUAGUUUUAUCACACCAAACAUGAUAUCAGUCGGGCACCUCAUAAUCGGAUUUGUUGCCUGUAAGUUUAUUGCUUCAGAAAACCUCCAGGAUCGAAGGAUUGGGGUCAUACUGUACGAGUAUCGAACCUGGGUUGAUGCCCUCGAUGGCACUGUCCACAGAGCUCAGGACGGGCUGCAUCUUCAGUACCACUCCGACCACUCCACCUUCGGCUACGCCGUCGACUCUCUGUUCGACACGCUUGGCGGAAUAUUCCUCUGUUUUGGUAUUUUCUUCUACCUCUUGAAAACAUCUGGACCAGAAAAGUCUCACCUUCCUCUCAGUGUAUCUGCUCGAGCAGAAGCAGGAAGCGGUGAGGUGGCGAUUGGUCCAACAUCCAACGGCCUUGAAAGAAAUAAAGCGCUCUACAGUUUAAAGGUCAUUGUAUGGAAAUCUUUGACGUUUGGUGUGUGCCUGGCAGUGGCGGGAAAGUGUUGGGACGUCGCCGUGGAGGAGUUUACGCAGGUGUUGCAGGUAGAGAUCAAGAAUGAUGAGUUGGCGAACCUUCAGCGGAAGAUCUGCCACUCAGCCAAAACUGUGGUCAUAUUCUACCUGUGGCGGCUCUUUGGCGGGCAGUCGGUUCUCAACUAUGUCCUGCUGGCCAUCUACAUGGACAAAGUUCUGGAGUUUCUGAGCUACAUCCACUACCUACUGUUGUUGGCUGCCGGGGUUCUGUAUGUUGUCACGGCGGUCUAUCUACAACAUAUACGGGAUGUGCUCCAUCUACCCCACUGA